CGAAGUGAAAUGGACCGAGUGGAAAACGCAUGUUUCAUUUAUUAAUGAAGAUCCAGGGCCAACAGGAUUCACAAAGAAAUGAAAAGGAGUUUAACUGACGCUUCAGCUCGUAGCACAGCAGGUUGUCUGCCAGUACCUCUGUUCAAUCAGAAAAAAAGAAGUAGACAGCCUCUCACUUCAAAUCCUCUUAAAAACGAGCCUUGUACUAGUUCUGGGACACGAGCUUAUGACUUUUCUCCCACAUCAUUGGGCUGGGGAACUGCAAACGCAGAAGUGACUGAACUGCAGAAAGCAGCAAACAAUGGGGCAGAAGAGAAGACUACCAGUACUAAAGUUUGGAACAGAAAUGUGUGUACUUCUUUAAGUAACAGGACAGAUUUAAUAUCUGAUAGUGGAAUUAAUCGAAAGUUUGAGAACAUUUCAAGUAGUUUGAAAACUGUUCAGCAGCAAAAAAACCCUGGUAACCAUAAUUCUUCUCAGCAUAUCAAAACAGCAGAAAUCAGCCAAACAUACUCAUCUAAAGCACAAUGGCCAGUGAAACCUAAUACUGUAUCAAGAAGUCUGCAAGAUCACAGUCUGUCAUAUAAGUUUAACCACAAUAUUCAGCAAAAUAAAAUGAAUGAAAAACAAUUUAAUUGUGUUCAAGAAGACAAAACGCAGGAAAUUUCAUCAUUUCAAUUAAAACUUAAAGAAAAACAGAAUUCUUUGCGAAUCAUAUCUGCAGUCAUUGAAAGUAUGAAGCACUGGAGUCAGUAUGCUUAUAAAACUGUACUAUUAUUUGAAGUUUUGGGCACACUCGAUUCUGCAGUCACACCCGGAGCAUACGGGGCAAAGAAUUUUCUUUUGAGAGAUGGAAAGGAGAGUCUGCCAUGUGUAUUUUAUGAAAUUGACCGGGAGCUUCCAAGACUGAUUAGAGGUCGAGUGCACAGGUGCAUGGGAAACUAUGACACAAAAAGGAACAUUUUCAAGUGUGUCUCUGUAAGACCAGCAACUAUUCCCGAACAAAAUGCUUUCCAAGAAUUUGUUAAAAUCGCAGAUGUUGAGAUGACAGCAUAUGUAAAAACAAUGAAUGAAAUUUAAAACGAUUGAAAUGGUUGGCCAACGCUUAUUUUCAUUCAUCACUACUCGUGAAGGCUGCACAUCCUAAAGCAUUUAUCAAAACUAAUACUGAAAAUCUUAUUAAAUAAUUGAAAAUUCACUAGGCUGUAUUAUCCAACAAAUGUUGAUAACAAUGUUUUGAUGUUUCCAUAUGCUACAUUUUGUAGUUUAUCUUUGCUAGUUACCUAUGCAAUAACAAAUUUUAGUUGCCUACUUGAAUAGAGCUUAUUGAAGAAAUUCUGA